UAGGUGAACAAUUUGCUGUGACGCUGCCAUUUGGAUUUGGAUUUGGACCCUUGUGUCUCCUUGGAAUGUAAUCCUCAAACAUAACAAAAGCAAAGAAUAACGCAAGUGCUAUUGGGCGGACGGUUGAGCACAAAACGCAAACAAAAUAAAAAGUGCAAAUUAUUAUAUGUGCGUGCGUGUGCGUGCGCGGCGGAGACAACAAUCGAUGUGCCACACACAUUGCAUGUUUACAAACACAACGACAAAUACUCGGGUUCGCCAAAAAAAAACUAAAAGAAUUGCAGCGAAAAAGACAAGCAAAAAAUACAUGCAAUACAAAAUUGCAAGCAACACGCAGCAAGCAGAGAGCAAACAGCAAACAGUCAAAACGAGACACACAAAGUGUAAAUAAUAGUGCAAAGUAAGCGCAAGCAAAACUCCCUGUUUUUUUUUUUGUUGGUGGCCAGUGGCGCCCUCUAGCGAGGAGGCUCUUGGUUGGCUGGCAAGCAGAAGCCGAAGCAGAGGCUGAAGAAGUUAAGCUGCCUCAGUCUCGCUGCCUCUGCCUCUGCCGCUGCCACAGCCACUGCCUGGCCGUAUGUGGCGUUGGCGGCCCUUCUUGGCCAGGUGUCGCUCAGGCGUGCUCAGUGAAUCCUCAAGUGGUUUCGUGACCUCAUCGACUGCUGUCAACAACAAUAAUAAUAAUAAUAAUAUCAAGUGUGUGGCGCCUCAUCAACCUAUCAAUUAGCUUGCAUUACACUCGUCUCUUGCUCACGCUCACGCAGGCGGAAGUCAACAGCUGCCACAGAUUAGGCCACAACGCAGCAGCAGCGCUGCCAGCAGCCAGAAGUUGCAUGCCACAGGAGUCGAGGCGACAGCAGCACAGGAGUCGUAAAGCAUAGUCAACAUGGAUGGGGAGCGGCGACGUCGAGCGACGACGCUGGAGCGCGAGAUGCGCGAUCCGACGAGCAUCUGCAACGUGGACUGUCUGCUGGACACGGUGUCGGCGCUGGUCAGCGAUUGUGAUCACGAUUCGCUGAAGCGUCUCAAGAACAUUGAGCAGUAUGCCUACAAAUAUAAACCGCUGGCGCAGCGCAUUAAUCAGCUGCGCAUGAAUGUGGAUGACUUUGAUUUCAUCAAACUGAUCGGAGCGGGCGCCUUUGGCGAAGUGCAGCUGGUGCGUCACAAAUCCUCACGUCACGUCUACGCGAUGAAACGUCUCUCGAAAUUCGAGAUGAUGAAGCGACCCGAUUCCGCCUUCUUCUGGGAGGAACGUCACAUCAUGGCGCAUGCCAACUCCGAGUGGAUUGUCCAGCUGCACUUUGCCUUCCAGGACAGCAAAUAUCUGUACAUGGUGAUGGACUUUAUGCCCGGCGGCGACAUCGUAUCGCUGAUGGGCGACUACGAGAUACCGGAGAAGUGGGCCAUCUUCUAUACGAUGGAAGUGGUGCUCGCCUUGGACACCAUACACAACAUGGGCUUCGUGCAUCGCGACGUCAAGCCGGAUAACAUGCUGUUGGACAGUUAUGGCCAUCUGAAGCUAGCCGAUUUCGGCACCUGUAUGCGCAUGGGCGCCAACGGUCAGGUGGUGUCCAGCAAUGCGGUCGGCACUCCCGACUACAUCAGUCCCGAGGUGCUCCAAUCCCAGGGCGUUGACAAUGAGUACGGACGGGAAUGCGAUUGGUGGUCGGUGGGCAUAUUCCUCUACGAGAUGCUGGUGGGCGAGACGCCCUUCUAUGCGGACUCGCUGGUGGGCACGUACGGCAAGAUCAUGGAUCACAAGAACUCGCUGAGUUUUCCCCCCGAGGUGGAGAUCAGUGAGCAGGCGAAGGCGUUGAUUCGCGCCUUUCUCACCGAUCGGACACAGCGUCUGGGUCGCUAUGGCAUCGAGGACAUCAAGGCGCAUCCGUUCUUUCGCAACGACACCUGGUCCUUUGACAACAUACGCGAGAGUGUUCCGCCCGUUGUUCCCGAGCUGACGUCCGACGAUGAUACGCGCAAUUUCGAGGACAUCGAACGAGAUGAGAAACCCGAAGAGAUGUUUCCCGUGCCCAAGAGUUUCGAUGGCAAUCAUUUGCCCUUCAUCGGGUUCACCUACACGGGCGACUAUCAGCUACUGUCCAGCGACACCGUCGACGCCGAGUCCAAGGAGGCGCAGUCGGUGAACAGCAGCAGUAACAGCAGCGGCAACGCGGCGAACAAUAAUCACGGCCACAAUCACAGUCGCCAUCGACCCUCGAAUUCCAAUGAGCUGAAGCGUCUUGAGGCGCUGCUGGAGCGAGAACGCGCUCGGGCCGAGCAACUGGAGCAGCAGGACACGAGUCUGCGGCAACAGAUGGAGCUGAGUACGAAACGCGAAGCGGAACUGCAACGCAUCGCCACCGAAUACGAGAAGGAUUUGGCUUUGAGACAGCACAAUUACAAAGUCGCCAUGCAGAAGGUCGAGGUGGAGAUUGAGCUGCGGAAGAAGGCCGAGGCACAGAUGGUGGAGACACAGCGGAAGCUGGAGAACGAACAGAAGACGCGCACACGCGAUCUGAACAUCAACGAGAAGGUGCUGACGCUGGAGAAGCAAUUGCAUGACAUGGAGCUCAGUUUCAAGAGCGAAACGGAGCACACACAGAAGCUGAAGAAGCAGAAUGCCGAGCUUGGGUUCACACUGAAGACGCACGAGGAGAAGGUGCGCGACAUGUGCGAAAUGAUCGAUACGCUGCAGAAGCACAAGGAGGAACUCGGCCAGGAGAAUGCCGAACUCCAGGCGCAAAUGGUGCAGGAGAAGAAUCUCCGUUCGCAGCUCAAGGAGCUGCACAAGGAGGCCGAGAACAAAAUGCAAACGCUGGCCAACGAUCACGAGCGCACGCUGUCCCGCGAACAGAAGGCCCAAGAGGACAAUCGGGCGCUGCUCGAGAAGAUCAGCGAACUGGAGAAGACGCACGCGAGUCUCGACUUUGAGCUGAAGGCCGCCCAGGGUCGCUAUCAGCAGGAGGUAAAGGCGCAUCAGGAGACGGAGAAGUCGCGUCUGGUGUCCCGCGAGGAGGCCAAUCUCCAGGAGGUGAAGGCGCUGCAAUCGAAGCUCAACGAGGAGAAGUCGGCACGCAUCAAGGCCGAUCAGAACUCGCAGGAGAAGGAACGACAGCUGAGCAUGCUGUCGGUGGACUAUCGCCAAAUACAGCUACGUCUGCAGAAGCUCGAGGGCGAGUGCCGUCAGGAGUCGGAGAAGGUGGCGGCUCUGCAAUCGCAGCUGGAUCAGGAGCACAGCAAACGCAACGCGUUGCUCUCGGAACUGAGUCUGUACAGCUCGGAGGUGGCGCAUUUACGCUCCCGGGAGAAUCAACUACAAAAGGAGCUGGCUGCCCAGCGGGAGGCGAAGCGACGCUUCGAGGAGGAUCUGGCACAGUUGAAGAGCACGCAUCACGAGGCGUUGGCCAACAAUCGGGAGCUGCAGGCACAACUCGAGGCGGAGCAAUGCUUCUCGCGCCUCUACAAGACGCAGGCGAACGAGAAUCGCGAGGAGAGCGCCGAGCGUCUGGCCAAGAUCGAGGAUCUCGAGGAGGAGCGCGUCUCCCUCAAGCAUCAAGUGCAAGUGGCGGUCGCAAGAGCCGACUCGGAGGCCCUGGCACGCUCCAUUGCCGAGGAGACGGUCGCGGAUCUGGAGAAGGAGAAGACGAUCAAGGAACUGGAGCUCAAGGAUUUUAUCAUGAAGCAUCGCAACGAGAUCAACGUGAAGGAAGCGACACUCGCCACGCUCAAGGAGGCCGAAUCGGAGUUGCACAAGAAGCUCACGCUCAAGGCCAACGAAUGCGACGAGCUGCAGCAGCAGCAUAAGAAACAGCUCGACGAGCUGCAGCAACAGCGUGCCGCCAAGGACGAGGAGAUCGCCAAGCUGGGCGAGAAGUGCAAGAACGAGGUGCUGCUCAAGCAGACCGCCGUCAACAAGCUGGCCGAGGUGAUGAACCGUCGAGACUCGGAGUCGCAAAAACAAAAGAGCAAGGCCCGCUCUACGGCCGAGUUACGCAAGAAGGAGAAGGAGAUGCGCCGAUUGCAGCAGGAGUUGUCGCAGGAGCGCGACAAGUACAAUCAGCUGCUGCUCAAGCAUCAGGAUCUGCAGCAGCAGUCCGUCGAGGAUCAGCAGCUCAAGCAGAAGAUGUUCAUGGAGAUCGAUUGCAAAGCCACCGAAAUCGAGCAUCUGCAGAGCAAACUCAACGAGACCGCCUCCCUCUCGUCCGCCGACAACGAUCCCGAGGAUAGUCAGCACUCCUCUCUGCUCUCACUCACACAGGACUCGGUCUUCGAGGGCUGGUUGAGCGUGCCCAAUAAGCAGAAUCGAAGACGCGGCCAGAGCUGGAAGCGCCAAUAUGUGAUUGUCUCGUCGCGCAAAAUCAUCUUCUACAAUUCGGAAUUCGACAAGCACAAUACAACAGAUGCUGUGCUCAUACUCGAUCUUAGCAAAGUGUAUCACGUGCGCAGUGUGACCCAAGGCGAUGUGAUUCGCGCCGAUGCCAAAGAGAUUCCGCGCAUCUUCCAAUUGCUGUACGCCGGCGAGGGCGCCUCGCAUCGUCCCGACGAGCAACUGGACUCGACGCUGCUUGGCAGCGGCAACGAGGAGCGUCCCGGCACCAUAAUACACAAAGGUCAUGAGUUUGUCCAGAUCACAUACCAUAUGCCAACGGCCUGUGAGGUGUGCACCAAGCAGCUGUGGCACGUGUUUAAGCCGCCGGCGGCAUACGAAUGCAAGAGAUGCCGCAACAAGAUCCACAAAGAGCACGUGGACAAGCACGAUCCGUUGGCGCCGUGCAAGCUCAAUCAUGAUCCGCGCAGUGCACGCGAUAUGCUGCUGUUGGCCGCCACGCCCGAGGAGCAAUCGCUGUGGGUGGCGCGAUUGCUCAAGCGUAUCCAAAAGAGUGGAUACAAGGCCAACUCGUCGAACAACAACAGCACCGAUGGCAGCAAAAUCUCCCCCAGCCAAUCGACGCGUUCCGCCUACAAACCCUACGCGGCGAUUGUCCAACGCUCCGCCACGCUGCCGGCGAACUCUUCGCUCAAGCAAUGAACAGCGAGAUCUCCUCCAACGAGUUGAGAAGUGAAGUGAAGAUGAUGAUGAUGAUGAAGAGUUUGGUUGAAAGGGUGCGCAAAAGAAGAUGAAGAUGGAGAUGAAGCGAAAGCGGAAGCGAAAGCUGUUGGAGCUGGAAUUGGGAGAUUGUAUCUAAUGUUUAUACUUACUACUUACCGAGUAUCGAGUCGAAAGAGAGAGAGUGAGAGAGAAUAUCAACUACUAAAAUGAUUAUGAUUACUUAAUUUUUAACAUGCAUACAACAACUACUACUACCAUCUAUCAAUCAAUCAAUCAAUCGAUCGAUCUACCUACCUAUACUAUAUCUAUCCUAUAUACUAUAUACACAUCUAUAUAUACAUAUA